AUCACGAUCUCCAAACAAAGCGGUCACAUAGGAAUACGCCCAAAUAAAUAACCACAGCCAAAAUGUUUCACUCAACUCCACGCGUUUAGAUGGAUCCAGUCCUUACCAGCAGCCUCUGUACCAACGAUACCCAAUCGAAUAACGAUAUUGUACACCUAUUAUUUCCUUCACUACUCAUCAGUAACCACCCUAAUACUACCGACAUCAACUCCCUAGAUCACCUAGAAUAUCACCUACGAAGCGUACGCCUAGUCCACCCUAUUCGACACGCUCACCCCCCGUUCGCCCACGAUUCAACUCCUAGCGACAGUUUCCCGAUUCGGGAGACUGGUGUUUAAGUUGGUCGACAAGAUUAUAUAGCUCUCGCAUCCCCCGGAGAAUGGAUGAUCCCGGUUGGUCAUGGCCCGCUUGGAAGUUUGGGAUGAAGAGGGAAGAGCUCUUCACCAAAUUACAUGAUCAGUAUAACACCAUCAACUUCUCCAUUCAGGAUCCCGAAGCCUUUCAUCAUGACGUUUACGAGAUUUCCAAUACCGCAACCUGCGCCGACGAGUUCCACCGUCUACUGGCGGACCGCAAGCAGCUGCGGCUGAACGAGUUGAACCAGAGCCUGGAAUCUGCCUCUGUCGAGAUCAUUGCUAAUCCGAACUUGAUCGGCACUUACCAGUGGCAAUUCGCCAUUCAACUUUUUCGUACAAGAUCGCUUGACUCUCUCGUGAGAUACUUCGCAUCCUAUCUCCCAGACGAUCAUCCCUGGCAUCGGUCUACCGAUGACCCUACGUCGAAGCCUUUUUUCGACGAACCGGAAGAUGAUGGUCCACUCAUGACAUAUGAACCCUAUCCCAUCAACACCGCCGUGACCUCGAUUCCGGAAAGUCAUCUUCCUCCUUCUCCUCGAUCCCUUACGAUGUGCUCGGAGAAUUCCCUGGCGUCGACACCAGCACGGACGCUGUCCUUCUCCGAAGCGGAGACGGAUGCGGUGGUGUUAUCGGCGACUUUGUCUCACGGUUUCGAUGAUGGAGAAACAUCGCAGUCAGAUGCCUGCGAAUCUCUAGCGACCUCCAUCUCUGAUAUGUCGGAGAUGGAGCCGUUGGAGUCGCAGCCAGAGGAGUUCGAGGAGGAUGACGAUAUUCUGGAGGAGGAAAAGCCGACGCCGAAGAGUUUUACGAAAAGAGAGGAUAUCAGCGAGUCAGACAUGCCGACACCUCAGAACGAUUCUCGAUCGGAUUCAUACGUAGACGAUGAGGCUGCGAGGAUGAUAUCGUCUUCGAAGCAUAACAUGGCCUAUAGAAGUGUUCAAGAUAGGAGUGGAAGUCCAGGAUUGCUGAGGUCGCGACGGAGAAGUCCUGAUGUGGGGCGGGUGCGGAAGUCAUCUCCAGAUCCUACACGGAUUAGACCAAAGGUCCGGAGGCGCUAUCUAGGCGGCACUUAAUGCUGUUAUGAAACUGUAUAUAUGCUAUCAUGCUCUGUAAAUACCCGUAAUACGCUAAGUUUUCUUCAUUGUUAUUUCCCCCCCUGUUUUGACACUUUCCGUUUUAGGGUAUGACGAUGACUUCGGAUGGCCGCGAUUGGUAACAUGUUAACGGCUGCGAUUGACGCAACGAAACACCUAUUCCUAUGACAUAUUCCUAAUAUGGGACUAACGGCAUUGACAUUGGUAUCCCAACGGUGAAUUCGUUAUUACAACUAAUAGCUCCGCAAAUAGGAAAACCUUAUAAAUGAGGCCCUCGCUAACAGAUAUCUAUGACUAUUAUCGCCAUGCUAGCCUACGUGCCUACAUGUAGGUACCUAGUAGGUAAUGAAUUGCAAUGGAUGGAUCCAUACCUUAACCCCUCCAGGCUACUAACUAUGGGC